AUGGUUGAAAUCUCCCAUCUGUGCACUUCUUGGCGCCUGAUGUUGGGUGUCUCUUGGCUGUUGGUCGUAAUGAUAAACGGCUCUUACUGCGCAUCUGAUGUCCCCAUUACCACCCUCCUGGUAAUACUUGCAGUUGUGGUGAUAAUUGUGUUUGUCGUGCGUCUGAAGAUCAGCAAGGAUUAUGGCUACGAGCAACUCGCGAACAUGGACAAGAUGUCAAGCAUCAGACUGAUCUUUCAGAUGACCGAAGCGGAUGAAUCAGUCCAUCUCGCCCACGAACCUGACUCCAGAGUAUUCCGGCUGCGCAGAGUUCCUGUUCCAGGCAUGUGGCCCCAUGGCCCCCAAGUCUGA